CACACACACACACACACAGCACAGCACAGCACAGCACGGCUCAGCAGGCAAAGCAGAGCAGAGCAGCUCUCAUCCAGAUCGGUGCCAGACGCGCGGUCGACUUUUGCUUUUGCGCGAGGUUUACUUCGCUUUUAUUUAGUUUUUCAAAUUUAGACCGAUUGGGUUCACGCUAGUUACACUUUGGUUUCGAGUUUGAAGGUGCUUUUUCUAAAAAAGAAAAAGAAAAAAGUUUAUUGCUUUUCUCUCGCGCAUUUGGAAUAUCUUUAACGGUGGACACUUCACGGCGCGCAGGAGUCACCCAGAGAAAAGUUCGCCCGGGAUCGUUUCCUUUCGACGCAGGAGCGCGCAGGCGGCAGCUCGGAGGAGAGAACUUGUCAGUGUUUUUUGAUUUGAGUGGUCCCAGAAAUGGUGGGGCACCUACAUUUGCAAGCGAUGGAUGACAGCCUGAAAGGAAAGAACCGAGAGGGGCUGCUCGACAGUCCGGACUCGGGCUUACCCCCCAGUCCCAGCCCGCCCUUCUGCUCGCUCUCUCCGGGUCUGAUCGAGUCGCGCUCCGGCAGCUGCACGACGCCCGUCGAAAGCCAUCAUGGAUAUUACAAGAAGGAAAGCAGAGAAGGCAAACUGCUGCCCUACCUGCUGCUGAACUCCACAGGAACAGACCCAAAGACCCGCAUGUACCCCGUGUUCUUUGGAGAAAGCAUUGAGGUCAACCCCAAACCAGAGCAGGAAAUCAAGUGCAACUCAGAGGUCAAGUACGACUCCGACAAGCAUUACCGAGACCAGGUGUACUGCGCCCCCGUUCCUACGGCCACCUCCUUCAGUGAGACAGUGGUGGCAGUGCAGAACUGCACUUGGAGGAGCUACAAGUCCCAGGUGUACCUAGAGCCGCGACAGAAGCCCAUCAGCUACCAGAGCACCACCAUCAUUUACCCGAAACACGCCAAGAACACUUACCGCACCACGCUCAACUACAAUGCCACAGGCUCCCGCCGCUGGUUUGUCUCCACGGUGCAGCUGGAGUCCAGUGAGGACACUAGUCCCUGUAUCAUCUACACAGAGGACCUGUAGGGCUCAGACUGGGCCAGCACGGACAGGGAGAGGGCUACUUCGUGAUCUUCUUAUUUUGUUCUGGACGACAACAAACUUGGGAAAGGGAAAUACUUCAAGUAGUACCUGGAGCCCCUAAAACCCUGUCCUGUUCAUCUUUACUCCAUGGAGGAAACUCUGGGAAGCCGUCAGUGAUACGUUCCCUGAGUGUAUUCUAGACUUUCUACUGAUGCAGUCUUUAAAAGGGAGUUCUGGCAGCUUAAAGCUGCACUUCAAGGGUUGAUGUCUUAUUUAAUACACAAGCUGACAAAUUGGUGGCCUUUGCUCUCCUUCAGGUUGGAUCGUAAACUGAGUGAAGGUAACAGAUGUCCGUGUACGUAGAGAAAAGUCGAGUCACGCGUCGUGGAUUUCAGCCGAGCCUACGCAAACCCAGUCACACCAAUGCAAAGCUUUCUAAUAUGGCUUGAUUGCACUUGUUUUCUAUAUAUCACAGUUCUCUGUGUGGAUUUUAGGGGGGGAUUUCAGUGUUGCAUGUGAAAAAUUGGACCAAAGAUAGACAAUCUCUUUGUAUUAACAUGCUUUUGUUUUUCAGUUUUCAGUUCAAACAGAGGAUUGUUUUCUUCAAUCAAGCAUUUUAACUAGACUAACCAACACAUUGCUACGUGCCGUUUAUUCUCUAGAUUUAAUCCUGAAGUCUAACCCAAAGAAGACAGCACAAUAACAGAGAAUAUCUGAAAAGGGCAGACAGUUGAACACUUUGGUUAAGGUAAUGUAGUCAACAGGGCUACAUUAAUGAAGUUUGGACAAAACAUCCUCAAUUAUGAUUCAUUAAGAGUUAACACUUAGGAACUCUGAUGUGCUUCAUCAGGACUGUGUGGGUGUAGGACCACAUCAUCUGUAAAGGAACGUGUUUGUUCUCAAAGCCUUAAAUGGUGGCAAUCAACGUGCGGUUUGCUCGAUUCAGUCAGUUUGUCUUGAACCUCUUUGGUGCCAGAUGACAAGAAAAUGGACAAUCUGGGGAAGGUAUUUGGUAGUUGGUCACAGCCGUUGGUACUGGGAAAAGCGUACCAGUGUGGCUCUCAGUCAUCUACUUCUCCAUGAGAGUCAGAAAGAAAUGAGAACUGUUCCCAACCGCGGUUAUCUGCUCGGUUUAAUGCGGCGAGCAGUUGACUUCACGCUGUUUCAAUGUCCUGUUGAGAUACUGUUCUGAACAGGGAGGCACCAGCUAUUCGUAAAAACAUCACCAAGUUUGUGCAUGAAACGACCUGUCAAGUUUCGAAUUAGUGAUUUUUCAUGUUGCACCACUGAAAUGUGAGGAACAUCGUGAUGUAUAAAUUAGCUGCUAGCAAACAUCCUCAGCUCUGAUCCGAAAGUCAACAAUGCAGGCCUAAACGUGAAGUCGCUGGAGUAUCAAAACUUGGAAAAUAACUUACAGAAAUUUUAGGGUAUAAACGAUAUAUUGAACUUAACCCUGUAAUACAUGUAGGCAGGUUAUAAUUUUAGCUUUUAUUUAACAUAACAGCAUGCAAUUGGAAAUAUGUGUUUUUUGAUGUUAGUAUUCAUGCAACAUCCAGUCAUGCUAACCUAGCUAACUUUAUUUAGUUAUUAAAUAAUAGCAGUUCUGACAUUAGCAUAACAUUUCACAUGUGUGUUACACUAGUGAACUUUAAUUUAAAAUCUCAGUGUCAGGUCAGAUCUUUCAACCAUAUAACCUCUCUUACUCCUCACUCCAAACGUUUUGUGUUAGCUAAGCUAACGUUAGCUUUGUCAGUUGGUUCAGCUUCCUACGCAGCGUUUACACGUGGCGGUCACAGAGCUUACAGAUUUAAAAACUACCAACCUCCACAUGAGAACCAGUCUGUAUGCAAGCCCUUUUAAUCUGAGGAUGCCUAAAUAUCCACCUAACAAACGCUAAACAAACUGAGGAGGCCUACGAAUAGCUGGUGCUGUUUCACAUUGUUUUCAGAGAUCAACAAGUUGUCAUACUGGGCAUUUCUGUCAUCCAACAUCGGAUUCCCCUGUUGAAGAUGUAAACUAACGUGUAAGAUAAGUAGACUAGAGAGCGAGCGAGCGAUAUCGAAACUUCAGACUUUACCUCAAAAUUUUAGGUAUCAGUUUUGUUUCAUUGCAGAUGUGUAGUCCCCACUUCCAGUUCCGGUCUUGAGCUUGUGGUCAUGUUAUUUUUAUAGUCUGAAAUACCCUCCAGCUUUAAGUGUGCAAAGCUGAGGUGGUGCAUCAGAACUGUGACGUGGGUGCUGGGUUUUAAUGAGGGCACAGAAAGUGGCAAAAGCGAAGAGAAAAGUCAGAUCUGCUCCUUCAGAAGAAAAAUUACAGAAAAGAUGAGGAAAUUGUUCUGAAGAUGGAUUUUUAUAUAAAACGGUGAAGCUCCUGGCAGGUGAUGAGAUGAUAAGUUUUGUUAUGUGUUGAUGGUCUGUGAAAUGUCAGAGAAUGAUGAGAGAAAGUUGGCGGGUGUCAAGUUUGGUGGAUUUAUGCGAGACAAAUUUUUGUGUUUCCUAACACUUGAUUUUGUUACUGUAAAAUAUUUUCCUGUUGUAUAUGUGGCAUCGAGGCACUUCAUAAUUCUUUAUAUUUUUGUACGUCAAUCAGUGUUCCUGUUCUGAUCAAAGGAAAUAAUUUAAAAAGAUGUACGUCUAUCCUAAGUGAAUAAAAAAGAAGCAAUUCCCGAACCUGA